AUGACGGCGAUGGCCUCGGCCAACACCUCCUUCUUCGUCACGACCGGGGCCGAGAUCCACUGGCGUCAGGUCGGGACCUUCCACGCUGACGCCGCCGCCAUCGCCACGCUGCUGACCGGCUUGGCCGGCUUCCUCAUCACCGCCGCGAUCCUGGUGGCCGCCGCCUGGGUUCUCUCCCGCCCCGUCCACCGCUUCGUCGGGGGCAUCCUGCACAUCCUGGGGACCCCCUACCGCUCCAUCGUCGGCCGCGUCCGGGACCGCCGCCAACGCUACCGCCCCGUGCAGGAUCCCGUCCGCGACGAGGAGGAGAUCCCCGUGGAGGACUACCGCGACGACAAGAGUGACGACGGCGAGGACGUGCCCCUGCAGGGUUCUGGCGAGGGGCCUAGCCGGCGCUAUGCCGGGCGGGAUGGCCGCAGCGGCCCCGCCGCCUCCGAGCCCGCUGCCUGGAAGCAGAUUGUCACCUGGGGCGGACUGUUCCUGCUCACCGCCUUGCGCUUCCUGCGCCCGUCCGACACCGCCUUCGUCUUCCUGGCCGGCACCCUCCCCGUCACGCCCUUCCUCCACACCGAACGCCCCUCCCCCGUCGACACCGAGGGCCUGCCCGGCAUCUACCCCUACCUCGAGGAUGGCAACUCCCUCGCCGCCCCACCCGCCUGGUCCUGGCUGCCGGCCGGCCAGCCCGCCGGCUUCCGGGACUGGUGGGACCGCACCAACGGCACCCGCGACCACUACUCCCCCGCCGCCGACCCCUUGCACAUUGCGAACCUGCAGCUGCCCGUGCUCGAGCCCCUGCGCGAGAGCCUGAAGAACGGCAGCGUCCGGAUCAAGCACAUCCUCUUCCUCAAGCUCGAGAGCACCCGCAACGACGUGUUCCCGCUGGUCAAGGAUUCCUGGCUCGACAAGCACAUCGGUCGGUCCUGGGGCGGCGAGAGUCCCGACGAGGUCAAGGACCGCUUGGGCAAUCUCACCCGCACGGCCUCCUACCUGACCGGCGUCGACCCGGGCUACGGCCAGACCCCUGACCCCCGCGGCAGCAACUACGGCGGCAUCAGCGCCAGCAAUGCCUUCACCACGGGCACCUACACCUUGAAGAGCGUCGUGGGCAGUCUGUGCGGUGUCACCCCGCUCGUGGCCGACUUCAACCGCGAGUACGAGUACCACAUCUACCAGCCGUGUCUGGCCCAGGUCUUCGGGGCCCUCGGCCAGCUGCCCGAUGCCACCCGCAAGCCCGACGACUUCCGCACCUGGCCCUGGCACUCCACCUGGAUGCAGUCCGUCACCGACAGCUACGACAACCAGGACAAGCUGACCCCGACCAUGGGCUACCAGGAUGUGCUCACCAAGGAGCGCAUCAACGAACCGUCGGCCAAGCAUUACCCGCCCAAGACCCGCGAGGUCAACUACUACGGGUUCGCCGACACUGAGCUCCAUGAGUACGUGCGCGACGCCAUCGACGAUGCCGAGCGCAACCACGAGCGUCUCUUCCUCACCCAUUUGACCGGUACCAGCCACCAUCCGUGGGGUUUGCCUCGGGACGACAUGUUCCAGGAGCUCAUGAAGGGGUCCAACGACGACUUCAACCGCUAUCUCAACACCAUCGGCUUUGUUGAUACCUGGUUGGCUGAUGUUCUGGAAAUUCUCCAGGAGAAGGGCGUGGCCGAUGAGACCUUGGUCGUCAUGGCCGGAGACCACGGCCUCUCCCUCCCCAACGACGGCGGUGUCACCCCCUACGACAACCCUCAUAUUGGCAACUUCCACGUCCCCAUCGUGCUGGCCCACCCCAAGCUCCCCCCCGUCCGCGUGGACGCUCCCGUCACCAGCGACCAGAUCGUCCCCACCGUCCUCGACCUGCUGGUCGAGUCGGGCUCGCUCGGCCCCGAGGGCACCAAGGCCACGCGCGACCUGCGCGGCCAGUACGAGGGCCAGUCGAUGAUCCGGCCCCUCGUGCCCGAGAAGGAGCACGUCCAGGACUGGCAGUUCUCCGUCAUGAACACGGGCGGGUCGCUUAUCGCCGUGCGCUCCGCCGCCCACCCGGAAUACCGGCUGGUCAUCCCCCUCGUCGACGACCUCGAGUGGCGCUUCACCCACGUCGGGGAGGAUCCCGCCGAGGAGCACCCCGUCAAGCACUUCGCCCUGGCCGACAUGGCCGCCUCGCUGGAGCGGCGCUUCGGCAAGGAAACCGUCGACUGGUUGCGCGACGCCGCCCACGUCACCGAGUGGUGGGUCACCGAGAACUGGCGCCGCUACGGCUACUCCAAGGAGAACGACAAGCUGGCGGACGGGUAUGAUCCGAACUAG